AUGGCGUCUCCGCUGCAGUUUGCCUACCGAACCCAGAAGGACAUCGGCAUCACCGACGCCGCGCCCGUCUAUCAGCCUCUCGCUGGGUUCAAGAAGCCUGAAGGUAACCUCCGGUGCUGUACCUACUCGCCAUGUGGUCGCUACUUCGCUUGGGCCUCUCCCGAGGCUGUCACUAUCAUUGAUCCCUCAACUUCCCAGCAGGUCCUCUCCCUCCCCAUCUCCAACGUCUACGAGCUCGGUUUCUCUCCUCGCGGUACUUUCGUCAUCACCUGGGAACGCCCUGCCAAGGAUGAGAACGGAGAUGCCACCAAGAACCUCAAGGUCUGGCGUGUUGUGGAGGAGGAUGUCUCCGGUCAGGACAAGCAGCCCCUCGGCCGCUUUGUUCAGAAACAGCAGCAAGGCUGGAACCUUCAGUACACAGCUGAUGAGAAGUACUGUGCUCGUCUCGUUACAAAUGAAGUCCAGUUUUACGAGAGUCACGAUCUCGUCAAGGUCUGGAAUAAGCUCCGAGUCGAGGGUGUCACCAACUUUGCUCUUGCUCCUGGCAGCCAAAACCACGCCGUUGCCGUCUUUGUUCCCGAGCGCAAGGGCCAACCCGCUGCCGUCAAGGUCUUCAACGUCCCUCUUUUCACCAACCCAAUCUCCCAAAAGACCUUCUUCAAGGGAGACAAGGUCCAGCUGAAGUGGAACAAGCUUGGCUCCAGCCUUCUGGUGCUGGCCCAAACCGACGUUGAUCGCUCAGGCAAGAGUUACUAUGGUGAGACCACGCUGUAUCUGCUCAGCACCACCGGUGCUUUUGAUGCCCGCGUGUCCCUGGAUAAGGAGGGUCCCAUUCAUGAUGUUUCUUGGUCCCACAACUCGAGAGAGUUCGGUGUUGUGUAUGGUACCAUGCCUCCCAAGGCCACCAUCUUCAACCACCGGGCCGUUGCAACGCAUUCCUUCCCGAUUGCUCCUCGCAACACUAUUACUUUCUCGCCAAACGGUCGCUUUGUUUUGGUAGCAGGUUUCGGCAACCUUGCUGGUCAGAUCGAUGUUUACGAUCUCGAGAAGGAUUUCCGCAAGGUUACCACUUUUGAGAGCGGUAAUCCCAGCGUCUGCGAAUGGAGCCCUGAUAGUCGCUACAUCAUGACUGCCACAACCUCUCCCCGACUCCGUGUUGACAAUGGCGUCAAGUUAUGGCAUGUUAGCGGCAAUCUCAUGUAUAACGAGGAUAUGGUCGAGUUAUACAAUGUUGUCUGGCGACCUCAGGGUCCCGAGAGCAUUGCUCCCGGUGACCCUUUGGCCCCCAUUCCUACGCCUCAUGCCUCUGCUACGGCCUACCUGGGCUCGGUCAAGACUCCCAGCAAGCCCGCUGGUGCCUACCGCCCUCCCGGCGCCCGGGGUCUGGCCACUCCUCUGCACUUCAAGCGUGAGGAUGAGGGCGGUGCCGCCCACGUUGUGAGCAACGGACUACCCAACGUCGGUCCGAACGGUUUUGGUCGCCCUCGCCGCGCUGUGCCCGGUGCUGAUUUGGCUGAUCAAGCUCCCACGGUUAGGACCGUCCCAGGAGCUGAACCCUUAGGCGAUGAAAACUCGUCCAAGUCUAAGAACAAGAAGAAGAGAAACAAGAAGAAUGCUCAGGGUGAGGGCCGGCCUCAAGGCGAGCCUAACGGUGGAGCUAGCCUGGCGCCUCCUCCUCACGACCGAGGUCACGGCUCCGGCCACGAGGGUCGCAGCCCCGAGCGACGAAAUCACCGUAACCGGAGCCAAUCGCGUAACAAUCAGGCCCGAAGCCGCAGUAACACUCACCGCAACGGCCAUGGACACCAUGCUCAUGCAAGCCAGGGUGCCGGAAGUGGUGCUCCUGAUGCAGCACAGAACCCUAACGCUAAGAAGAUCCGCAGUCUCCAGAAGAAAGUUCGCGCCAUCGAGGACCUUGAGAUGCGUCUGGCUGGUGGAGAGAAGCUCGAGGAUACCCAGCUUAAGAAGAUCAACACCAAGUCGUCCGUGCUUAAGGAGCUCGACGGAUUGGAGAAGGGGAACUAA